GGAAAAAAAAGGCAUCACAAAAAAAGCUCUAAAAGAAAUUUCAGAAACCGAUCAUGCUCCUGAGAUGCAAAUUGGAAAACAUGAUGUGAAGGUUGACAUGUGGGGUGUUGGAUUUUUAAUUAAUUCAUCUGAAAUAAAUAAUAUUGAUUCAGAACUUAAAAGUUUUGCAAGAAGGUUGUGUGAUGAUGCUCCAAAAAGACGACCAAAUGCUUUAGAUGUAUAUGGUGAGGCAAUAAAGAUAUUUAAGGAGUUUCCGAAUGAUAAAUGGCUGGAAAAAGUUGAAACCGACAAUGUACGACCAAAUGCUUUAGAUGCAUAUGGUGAGGCAAAAUUCGUUUCGAGCGCAAAGAGACAUGAUGUGUUGAGUCGAGCCAACACCUUGGUUCUGGCAGCGACCGCCGAAGCGAUAAAGAAAUUGAGGAGAGUUGAGAGAAUUUCCUUUGAAUGCGAUUACGCUCCGCAGUUUUUGACGGUUGAAGAGCACGUCACUGCGUUGGACAGACCUGUACUAUCGGCUAGUUAUGAGGAUUUCGACUUCCGUUUUGGGCAUCGGGAAACUUACAAGUUGAUUAUAGCCCCCGAGACGGUGAUGGGUAGAUUCAAAGCCCUUAUGACUCGUCGUUUUGUUAAGUCCAGUAGCAGCAAAUCUGGAGAUUGCGUGGAGAAUUUUUUAAAAGACUACUUGUUUCCAAAUGUACCACUGUUAAUUGGGCCAGAGUUGACUGCUAGCUGGCGUGUGAGAAAAGAAUGGGUAGUUGAAGAUAAAAAAGAUAUGGAAAAGGAAGAAAAACAUGGGAUCCCAAACUUUGAAUUUCUUAUUUCCAAGUUCGGAGAUGCGCAAGUAUGUGUAGCUGAUUGCUCGCAACGAUAUUUCACGGAUCAAGUCAGAUCGACUAUGUUAUUUAGAGAUUUUGUUGAUAAAUGGAGAAAAGGGCGAAGAGACGAAGAAGGAACAUUGUCUCCUUCUGACCCUGAAACAAAAAAGUCAUUGCUAUAUUUGAAAGACUGGCACUUCGUAAAGGCUUUCCCUGAAUACGAUGCGUAUGAAAUUCCAUCGAUUUUCAAAGACGACUGGAUGAAUGAAUUCUGGUUAUCACACACAAACGAUGACUACCGUUUUGUAUACAUGGGCGGAGACCGAACAUUCACUCCACUACAUUGUGACGUUUACCAUUCCUAUUCAUGGUCAUCAAACAUUUGCGGAACAAAGAAAUGGACACUAUUUCCACCGGGUCAAGAAUCCUUGUUCAAAGAUAACUUAGGAAACAUGAUAUAUGAUGUACGUCAUCAUAUUGACGAAGAUCACGAUCUUAAUAUAAAUAACGAAGAGAAGGACAUCAUAUCAAAAAAUCAAUUUCCAAAUUUUAAAAAAGCACAUCGAAUAAUAGUUUGCCAGAAUGCUGGCGAGACGCUUUUUGUUCCGUCCUCAUGGUAUCACAUGGUCGAGAAUAUUGGUGACUGUAUCUCGAUAAAUCACAAUUGGGCUCAGUCUACUGCUUUUCCGUUUUUGUAUGAAUCGCUGAAUACGGAUCUGGCAGAAGUCGAGUACGCAAUACGUGAUUUGAAAAGUGAGAUGAGUGAAUUGGAAUUUGUCGAGUCUUGUCAACGGUUAUUGCUGAUCAAUUCAGGAUGGGAUUGGAUUGUGUUUUGGAGAUUGAUUUCUUGUGUUUCUCGUAGACUGAUAAAAAUUUACCACGAUAUCCAUGAGAAUAAUAGUAAGACAGUGACAACCGAAAAGCAACGUUGUGAUAAUCAGUCAUGGGAAAUACCACCACUUUCAUUACAACCACCUCUCGUAUUCAUUUUUCAAAUUUUGCAUAAUGUGAUUCAUGAUUAUUUAGACCAACCGCUUGUCAGGCAGUAUCUAACUGAACAAUUCAGAUCUGAGCAAAAUGAAGAAAAAGCAUUUGGUAUAGUGCACGAAAUCGAUGAAAUAUAUUCGAAAUUAAAAUAA